ACUUUCUUUCUUCUCUUUUUUUUUUCUCUCUCUCUCUCUCUCUCUACUUUAUAUAUACAAUAAUGACUCAAUCCACAACAAUGUUUCCCUUUAAUAGCACAAGCGAAAGUAGUCUUUUAGAAAGAAGACAAAUAUCACAACCUUUUCUUCAACAACUGGAACUACCUUCUUUGCCUCCCCUCUCACAAAUCAUGACAGACACAAAUGGACUCGGGAAGAAGGCACAAGUAGAAGCAGUAGCUGUGACCAUGGCAGCGAUGGAAGCAGCAGCUACAGCCUCCCUGAUUACAUCCACUGCACAACCCUUGAUGCAAACCGACACACCUUUUUUACCAUUAGCGAGCAGUAACCAUAACACGAAUACCUAUCACACAACCAGCACAACAACCAAUGCAUCCACAACAGAUAAUACAACAACACUAACAACAGGAGAUACGCCUGUCAAUACCAUUCUUCCCAUUUAUUCCAAUAAUGCUAAUGAUCCUACACUAUUUAUGGACCCUUUACAGCAACAACAACAAAUGUUCAAUGCGGCGGCAGCGGUGGCAGCGGGUCUGACAAACAACCAUGAUUUAUUGAGCAUGCCACCUUCCUUUAUGGACUCUCGUCGUCCACAGAGGGAAUCAUCGGUGUCUUCUACCUCAUCCGAUAACAAGGUCUAUAGCUUUGUGGCUAUUCCUGGUACAAACCAACGUAAGCGACCACGCAGAAGAUAUGAUGAAAUUGAACGACUCUACCACUGUAGCUGGACUGGUUGUACAAAGGCCUAUGGCACCUUGAACCACUUGAAUGCUCAUGUGAGCAUGCAACAACAUGGCCCUAAGCGUCAUCCUACAGAGUUCAAGGAAAUGCGUAAAGAAUGGCGACGUCAAAAGAAGGAAAGAGAUACUGCCAAGAAGCAAGUGGAAACAGCUUAUCGUAACCAACAACAACAAAUGAUGCAAACAUAUCCUUCAUUUCAUCCCAUACCUACAGGUUAUAACUAUUAUCAAUAAAAACUGGUUUUUUUAUUACUUUUUUUUUUUUUUUUCU